GAAGAAAUUAAUUCAAAAAUUCAAACUCCAAUAAUCAAGCGGGUGCGGAAAAUGAAAGCAAAAUGGACAGCAGAAGAGACCGAGCCGCUGAUCCAAGAAGUAGAGUCCAGGGAAGGAACAUGGAAUUUUCUUUCCCAUGAUUAUAGAGAUCGAAAUUUGCGAGAGGCUCAGUGGCAUGAAGUAGCAGACAUAUUAAAUAUGCCACGAUCAGAAGUAGCAGCCAAAUGGAACAGCCUUCGCUGUUCUUUCCCCGCGGCCUUCAACCGAAAGGCACAUACAAGAAGUGGUCAAGGUGCUGGAAGAACGCCUACAAUGAACCCACUUUUUAAUUCUUUAAAGUUCCUAGAGCCCACUUUGCGUGUUGAAGCGAACACGACAUCAAAUUUAAUUAAUGCAAGGAGACGUCGAGCUCAAAGAGAUGAUGAUGAGUAUAUUCAAGUGGUGAAACGUGCACUGGAGACCCUCACAUCAGCUACCAAAAGUAACGCUUGGGAUGAUUUAGGAAAUUUUGUAUCAUCCAAUGGCCGAGAGUGGGCCCAGGAAUCUUCACAACUGGCCAAGGAAUAUAUAUCAACAUAA